UAUACAUAGAGAAUAGGAAUGGUUUAUAACCUCAUUCAUUAAAUCACUAUCACUCUCAAACCCUAACACCAAUUCUCGAUGGCCCCGAAGAAGCAACGCCCUUCCCCGAUCGACGAACCACCCACCGCCUCCUCCUCCUCCUCUUCAUCCGAAGAGGAUGAUGACCAGCAACCUUCGUCCCACCAACCAGAAGACGAAGUAGAAAAAUCAGCUUCAUCCGAAGAAGAAGACGAUGAAGAAGAAGGUUCAUCCGAAGAUGAAGAUGAAGAAGAUCAACCUCAACCACCUUCACAGCCUGCUUCCAAAAACCCUCCACCUUCUACUCCCAGCCUCAAAACUAAACCCUCUUCUUCUUCCGAAUACGAAACCGGAUCCGAAUCCGACCCGGAACCCACUCCACCUCCCAAUCCUAAAGUCAAACCACUCGCCUCCAAGCCCAUGAAGGCCCAACCACUGGCCCAAGCCCAAUCUACCCCCGUGCCUGCCAGAUCUGGAACCAAGCGUGCUGCUGAGAACGGAAAUGACUCCAAACGUUCCAAGAAGAAAACAUCCGCCGUCACUACUGGCGGUGAUUCAGACGAUGAAAUGGAGGCGGAACCGACCACCGGUGAAGACUCUAAGAAGUUGUUUCAGAGACUGUUCAGCGAAGAAGACGAGCUCAUAAUUCUAAAAAACCUAGCUGAUUUCAUUUCCAAAACGAAGAAGGAUCCACUGAAAGACCACGUUGCAUUUCAUACUUUUGUGAAGAAAUCGCUUCAUGUGGACGCAACAAGCGAACAAGUGAAGCAGAAGGUUCGUAGGUUGAAGAAGAAGUUCGAGACCAGUGACUCUUUUACCAAACCCCAUGACAAAAAAGCUUUUGAACUUUACAAAAAGGUACGGGGCAAUAAACCCAACAAAGCCGAAGAAAACGGAAAAAACCUCAAGAGUCCCAACAAGGAAGCUAGUGCUAAAAACGGUAAUGAAGGUCCUGCUAAGAAAGAAUUAGCAACUAAGAAGGAACCUGAAAAAGUGGUUGAAAAUUCAAGUUUGCCUUUGACUGAAAUGUUUCGUUUUGACAGUGGUGUUGGUUUGUCUGGUUUGAAUGAGAAUGUGGCGAAAAAGGGAUUGGAGUUGAUUGAGAAUUCUAAGAGGGUCGAUUUAGAGGAUAAGUGGAAGGAGCUGCAAAUUGUGGAGAUGGAGCUAUUUUUGGAGCGGGCACAGCUGAUUAGGGAUCAGACUAGUGCUUUGGUGAAGGUACAGAAGAAAUCAAGCAAUUAGGAUUAUCUUUCUUAGGCAUAGUUUUGUGGCUAAUCUGGAACAUGUUUUGGAUCUAUCAUCUAGUUAUUUUUGUAGUGAUUUUGCAGCAACACGUUAUCUAGCAUUUUAUUUAACUACUGUGUGUUGUUUGAUUAUUGACUACUACAUGAAAUUAUUAGCCAUUUGAUUGUUUUGAUGAUUUUAGUAUGUUUGAAUAUCUGGUUGGAGAGACCUUAUGUACUACUGGCUUAAACGGAUUGAGCAUCUAUGAAAUUGAUUUUGUAAAAACACA